CAAUUUGGGAAAGUAGCGCUGGGGCUAGUUCGGUCAUAUCGGAAUUAAAGGCCCAAACCGCAGUGGAAUGAAUAUAGCGGCCAUUUUUAAUCACUGUGCCAGUGCCUAAGUUCGGUUUUCGAAAUCCAUGGCCAACAAUCCUUCUCAGCUCCUCCCGUCUGAGUUAAUAGACAGGUGCAUAGGCUCGAAAAUAUGGGUAAUAAUGAAAGGAGACAAGGAGCUCGUUGGAACUCUUAGAGGCUUCGACGUCUAUGUCAACAUGGUCCUUGAAGACGUUACUGAAUAUGAAAUCACAAGCGAAGGGCGGCGGAUUACCAAGCUUGAUCAGGGCGGCGGAUUACCAAGCUUGAUCAGAUACUGUAAAAUGGAAAUAAACUUGCACAGUGAUAAGUUAAAGCAUCUGAUGAAUUAA